CAGCUCUCAGUACGCAUGUGUGAACAUUUACCCAGCAGGUAAACUCCACCAUGGCGGCGAGAGGCCAUGUGCAAGACCCCAACGACAGGAGGCUCAGACCCAUAUACGAUUACCUUGAUAAUGGCAACAAUAAGAUGGCGAUACAGCAGGCGGAUAAACUGCUGAAGAAACAUAAGGAUCUGCACUGUGCCAAGGUCCUGAAGGCCAUCGGCCUUCAGAGGACCGGAAAGCAGGACGAAGCUUUCAGUCUGGCACAGGAAGUGACCACUCUAGAGCCCACCGAUGACAACUCAUUACAAGCUCUGACUAUACUGUACAGAGAGAUGCAUCGUCCGGAGUUGGUCACUAAGCUGUAUGAAGCCGCGGUGAAGAAGGUUCCUCUCAGCGAGGAGUAUCACUCUCACCUCUUCAUGGCGUACGCUCGCGUGGGCGAGUACAAGAAGAUGCAGCAGGCAGGAAUGGCCUUGUAUAAAAUCGUCCCCAAGAAUCCUUAUUACUUCUGGUCUGUCAUGAGUCUGGUGAUGCAGGCCGUCUCAGCACAAGAUGAAAAACUGGCCCAGACCAUGUUCCUGCCUCUGGCUGAACGCAUGGUGGAGAAAAUGGUGAAGGAGGAGAAGAUUGAAGCAGAAGCAGAGGUGCAGCUGUAUUAUAUGAUCCUGGAGCGUUUGGGAAAGUGCGUAGAGGCUCUUGACGUGAUCAGGGGUCCGCUCGGGGAGAAGCUGACCAGCGAGCUGCAGAGCAGAGAAAACAAGUGUAUGAUGCUUUACCAGCGACUACAGCGCUGGCCGGAGUGUAACGCCUUGGCCCACAAGCUUCUGCUCAAAAAUCCCGAUGAUUGGCAGUUCUAUCCCUCCUACUUUGACUCUCUCUUCCAUCUGAUUGAUCAGUCGUGGAGCCCGCCGGAGGAAGGCGAACACUGUUCGGAGGGUUCGGUACAUCACACCGUGGCUGAAGUCGUGAGGUUUGUGGAAGAGAGAAUCAAGGGGGAGGACGGUAAAGACUCUCGCUCGCUCAGAGGACCCUACUUAGCUCGGCUUGAAUUAAUACACAGACUGAGAGAACGAGGCUGUCCUGAAGAAAGCCUGCUAGGUGAGCCUUUAGAGUUAAUGGUGCAGUUCUUCGGGAAGUUCGGGGACAAACCGUGCUGCAUCACCGACCUAAAAAUAUACCUGCACCUGCUCUCCCCCGACCAGCACGUUCAGUUCAUUAACCGUCUGAGUGAAGCGGUCCCGCUGGGGGAGCAGGGAGACGAGGGAUUCGCUUUUCCAGACGACACCAAAGCGCUACAGAGACAUUUGUGUGUGUGUCAGCUGAGCCGCGCGCUCGGCCUGCAUCACCGUCUCGACGUGGAAGGAAAACUGCGGCUUAUCACGGAGCUCAAAGCUCACUAUCGUCACGGACUAAAGUUUGGGAAGAACGCUCUGAAGACGGAGCUGCAGUUUUCUGAUAUGUAUUGUCUCAUGGCAGCUCAUGUAUACGUUGACUUAUGGAUGGAGACCAGGGAUGAGAACAUGGCGUGGCAGUGUUUGGGGCUCCUCCAGGAGGGUCUGUCUCACAGCGCCUCCAACGCCCAGUUCAAGUUGCUGCUGCUGCUCCUCUACUGUCACCUGGGAGCCUUUGAGCCCGUGGUGGACCUUUACUCCAGCUUGGAUGCCAAGCACGUACAGCACGACACCAUAGGGUUUCUGUUAACGCGUUACGCUGAGUCAUUGGGUCAGUUCGCUGCAGCCUCCCAGUCCUGUAAUUUCUCCCUCAGGUUUUUCCACUCUAACCAGAAAGAUACCUCAGAGUACAUCAUCCAGGCGUAUAAGUACGGAGCAUUUGAGAAAAUCCCAGAGUUCAUUGCUCUCAGGAACAGGUUGAACCAAUCGCUGCACUUUGCCCAAGUCCGCACUGAGAGGAUGCUGCUGGACCUGUUCCUCGAGGCCGAUAUUGUGUUGAGUCUGGAGGAGAGUGUGAAGGCCAUGUCUUUGUCUGCAGAGGAGGAUGACAUCCCCUGGGAUACUAUGAGGGACAACAGAGACCUUACUGUUUUUACCAGCUGGGACCCUAAAGACAGAGAGCUAACCGAGGAGCACAGACGUCGGUCUCUGGAGGAAGAGUCGGUCUGGCUGAGGAUACGCUCCUUAACGCUUCGCCUCCUCGCCUCUUUGGCCACGCUGGGACACACGCCUUCACAACAAAACUCCGAGAUAGCCAACGAGAACGGAGUCGGUGACAAGACCUCGAUCCUCAGCAGCCUGCUCGCCCAGCUCAACCAGACUCUGCAGACGGCGGCUCAGAUAGCAGAGAAACGCACCCAGUAUCCAUUCCUGGGACCACCCUCCACCCGCCUGGCCCCGGCUCUGUCCAGUGGGAGCUGUCAGUGUCAGGCUGCAGCCCUCCAGCUGUCUGUGCACCUGCAGGAGCUGGAGACUGUCGGACUUGAUGAGUCCUCAGAGCUUCAAACACAGAUCUGUAACGCUUUCAAAUCAUUAGUAGUUCAGCUUCAAGAAAUACUGAAUAAAUGCAAAGGGGAUUUAUUGGACAUGAAAGAGGGCAAAUUAAAAACCCGGCCCUCCUUAUUAGAAAACCUAAUCUUCUUUGUUGAGACGCUGUGCAUAGUCUUGUGGGUGGCUAGUUACUGUGCGAAGAUCCUCCGACCACUCAAGACAAGUCUACAGAAGAAGAAAAAGAAGAAAAAGGAUACAAACACAGCUCUGCCAGCGGUGAUGUGUGGGUUCCAGGAGCUGACGGGGAGCUUGCAGGACCUGCUUACCCAGGCUUUGGAGCAUAUAAAGGGGCAAGAGACUGGCAUGACGGCCCUUAAACUGGCCAGUUUAACCUUGGAAGGAAACACAGAGGAGGAAGCAUCGUUUACGAAGGCUGCUAUGGACAAGGUGCAGAGCAGUUACCUGCGUUCGCUACAGGAGGUGGGAGAUCUGCUCAAGAAGAGAGCAGAAUCUCUAAAGAACCUCAAGAUCUGAACACCAUCACACACACACCCUGAAUCAAGAUGACUGUACACCCACCAUGAGCCCACAACCCCCCUCCCCACCCUCCACCCCACCCAACCCCCCCUCGUUGUCCCUACACCACCACGUCUACUGUCAGCCCACCAGCUAACCCACUCGAGUCCCACUAUCCUCGCUGGUCCAACAAACCUGCUUCCUCUCCUACAUAUUUCUCACUCUGGGUUUGAGAGCUCUCAGUCUGGAUUUCUUUCUUCUUCUUCUUCUUUUUUUGUUUUUUUUGUUUUUUUUUCUUCUCUCUCACUUUAACAAACACCUCUGGAACAUUUGCAACUCUUAUAGCACAUAAGCUUGUAAGUAAACUCAUGAAUUUAUACAGCAAUUAUACAAAAAAGAAAAGAAGAGAAAAUACAUGCUCCUUUAAAGAAAUAGAGAAAAAAUUAGGAAGAAUGCAGUUUUAGAUGAAACUAAUCUAAUAAAUUAUUGUACAUAGUAAAGAGCAACUACCACAACAACUCCUUGACUAAAUGAGAAUAUAAGACACAAUAAACCACUACUGUUUGUUGGUCAGUUAUGUUUCCUCUUUUAUUCCUCACUUUGUUUUUCCGGUGACUCCGAGAACAAUCAAAGUAUAAAAAACACACACACACACACACAUACACACAUACAUACAUACAUACACACACACACACACACACACACACUGGGACUCUGAAGAGGAAUUUUUUUGUUGUUUUUUUUCCAGCUGUUUCUCAGCUUUUGAGAGCAAGCAGGCACAAUUUCACAUUAAACUGACUCUCUUUCUGUGGAAAUACAGACACCUGGCUACCAGCAGAAGGCCUUCAGACUGAAGUUUCCCCUUCAAAGAAUUGAUUUUUUUUUUUUUUUUUGUCUUUUUAAUUUUGCUUUUUGUGUAUCGUGUGUGUGUGUCGCUUUGGUACUGAAAGUUGAACCACCUCUGUAGUUGCAGUAUUAUAAAGAGCAAUGUUGGGAUGAGUAAAAUAACCAGGACUUUUUUUUUUAAAAUCUGAAUUAUUGUCUGCCGCUUUCUUUCUUUCUUUCUUUCUUUUUUUUUUUGUGGUCAUGCUAGUAAAAGCAGUGCUCGUAAACAUAUGUGGAAGUAGCACAAACUAACAGAAUAAUCCAGGCAUGGAUCAAAUAAUCAGAAUCCGAUAUUAAUGUUCAACCAAAAAACAGUGUUUUCUACUCCGAUCAUGCGUAUUUCUUCUUCUGAUGCUGCAGGAAUUAAAUGAUCUUUGCAGCAUCGUUUUUAGCAACUAUUAGAUUUUUUUUUUUUUUUUCAAUUCAAUCAUUCAAGUUGCAAAGCAAAGAAUCAUGAUCCGAACUUUUUCAUCUAUAUUUAUAUACACGUAGUAAAUAUACCCCUGUGGAGCUUAGGUGUUUCAAAAUGACAAAUACAAAAGCAAAAAUUUGUAAGAUUUUCCAGAUGCUAGCGUGCAUGUUUUGGCAUAUUAUGUCUUCUAGACCAGAGCGAUCCAGAUCUGAUUGUACAGACGGUUAUUUUCCGCCAGAAUAUGAUGUUCUGGGGGUCGCUCUGGUUUGGUUAAGAAGCAUAACGUAUAACUGCAACGUCCACGGUUUCGAUUCCCGACCCGGUGGGACCCUUUGUUGCAUGUCACAGCCCUUUUCUCUUCCUCUGUUUCGUGUCUCGCUACACUGACUCUCAAAUAAAGGCAAAAUGCCAAAAAAAUAAUCUUUAAAAUAAAAACAAAACAAAACAAAAAAAAGAAUAUGAUGUUCUGGGAUGGCUCUCUCCUUCUGUCAUCAACAGCUCAAACGCAGAGGUGUGUUUCACAGACAAACAUUGGACCUAAUUGUAAAUAAAUAUGGAGCCUUUUGAGAUACAGUGUGCAAGGACAUUAGUGUGUGUGUUUUUAAGAAAAAAAGAAAAAAAAAAAAAAAGCAAGCAGCUGCUGCAGUAGAUACCAAGAUUUGUCCCGUGUUCAUGGUUUUUGUCAUUCCCUCGUUCUCAAGAAAAAAAGUCUCAUGAACCAAAAAAAUAAACAUCAGCUGUAGCAUCUCGUGAGACUUAAUUUAACAACAUCUGCUGUUACAAAUAAAUGACAGAUUAUCCCUGAAUAUAAAAAAGCAGUUUACAGUUUAUCACAGCAAGGAGCACUGAUGGAUGACUGCUAGCACUGCAGGUAGUGUGCAGUUGGUUGUUUUUGUUUUACUAUUUUAUUAAGAAUUUGGCAGAGCAAAUGUGAAAAAUGUGAGUAAAAACGGUGAAUCCUCCCCCUCCCCAUCUCCAUCUCCAUCCCUGUUAGUCUUGUAUAUGCACACAAUCACAUAUACAUCUGCUAAUAAAUGCCUUUUUUUUUUUUUUUUUUUUUUUUCUCCUUGGAUGACUCGAGCCCAACUGUUCGAUCAGAGCCGUGGCUUUAAAGAUUGUUUGUGAUCCGACUACAUGUGUCUUUCUUGUCGUCGAGGUUCAGAAAAAUGGUUGACAAUCUGGAGUGUCAUCUCACCACCCUCUUUUUGUUAGAAAAAUGGAAAACAGAAACACUGGAAUGUCAAAGCUUUUUUAGAAUAAAAAAAGGUAAAUGUGA